UCUUGGGCAGGCGGCAGCAGCCGCUAUUUCUCAUCGGCCUUGGGGGUCACAUUUCACGCCGUUGCUUCACCCGGGGAGCACAUAGCACUAACCAGGAUGAGGACAACAGCAAUACUGCCCAAGCGGGCCUCCAUAUGGCUCCUCCUGCUAGCCCUCUUCACCUUCUCGCCAGCGAGAGGCAGCGCAAACGUUCCUUCAGAAGAAGAGUACGUUGCCGUCGACAAGCUCGUCAAGCACCUCGAGCCAUCCAAGUUUACGGAGACGGUAGCGACCGGGGCCCACUUGUUGUUCUUUGGGUCUAACUUCUGUGGACAUUGCAGAGCGUACACACCGGUUUGGCAUAAAGCUCAAGAACGUGUGGAGAAGCUUGGGCUGAAGAUCAAUAUCGCCAAAGUGGAAUGCACAGGCAGGCCGGAGAACGAGGAUCUAUGCCUGGACCAGAAGAUUCUCAGCUACCCAACAGUCCGUCUCUUACACGACGGCAAAGUGCUCGAGGAGCCCCAGGAUGUGCGUCAAAUCGACAAGCUGAACGCCUACAUUGAUCAAGCGAUCCUGAAAACCUCUACCGAUGAAUCGAAGCUGGAGGCGCUCAAAAACAUUAUUGGGCAGCGUGCGGAGUUGGACGAGAAAAAGACCAACCCGGAUGGUCAGAUGGUGCAUCUGACCGAGGCAACCUUCAAAUCGCUGACCAACAAUGUACCAUGGUUCGUCAUGUUCCAUGCGCCAUGGUGUGGCCAUUGUAAGCGACUGAAGCCCGUUUUCGAGGAACUCGCGCCGUUGAUGAAGGGCCAGAUCAACAUCGGGGGUAUCAACUGUGACGAGAACGGGAAGCUGUGUCGCGAACAUGGGAUCAAAGGAUACCCCACCGUCAAGCUUCUCGAUUUGCCGGGCACGGAGGUGGAUUACAACGGAAAGCGUACGCUGGAAGCAUUGAAAGAAUACGUCCUGGAGCACAUGGGGACGCAACCUUUCCACGUUGUGAAGUCCGGGGAGAUCCCAAAGAUUCUGAAGGACAACGAAGUGGCGUUCUUCCUUGCUUUAGGCGAGAAGUUCACUAAACACGCAGACGCCAUCAAAGCCUACAAAUCCGUAGCCUCCUCACUGCGCAGCGACGCCAAAUUCUACAUGACCAUCGACCCAGCGGCGAACACUUUGCUGAAGGUCUCCGCCCACGGACCGCAUCUGGUUGCCAUGAAAGACCAUGGGGCGACGGCCAUUAAAUACGUUGGUGAUUAUCACAACAACGACGAUGGGCGUCGGUACUUGCGCAAAUUCGUGUCCACCCACCGUCACCCGCGUGUCCUGACUUUGGAUUCAGAUACCCAUAAAGAGAUCUUUGAAGGGGACAAUCUUGUUGUUAUGGGUAUCAUGGACCCGUCGGAUUCGCGCAAGCCGGACCUCCUCAAAUCUCUCGGAGAGGCGUCGACUGCUCGCGGGAAGGCUGAGGCGAAGGAUAAGGACUCGAAACCGGUUCUGUUUACCUGGUUGGAUGGUGUGAAGUGGGAUACCUACGUUGAUGGUAUUUACGGCGUAUCUCGGGGAAAGUAUCCGUAUCUCAUUGUUGUGGACUCGAAGGAGGACAAGUUCUACACGGUCCAAAAGUCCGGUCAGCCCAUUGGCUUUGAGAAAGCCUCGGUCUUGUCAGCAAUCGAGGACAUCCUGGACGGCAAAGUGGAGCCAAAAUACACAUCGAACGUCCUCAUUCGGUUAGGGCGCAAAGCUGUCACAGGGGUUGGCCACGCCGUGGCCGUAGCACGGGACAACUUCUUCCUCCUCUCAUGUUUCGGUGUUGUUAUGGCACUGGCUUACAUUUUCGAAGCUAUCCCGGGUAUGCGCAAAGCGAGGCGUACUCCCAAAGGGGAGUAGAUUGCGUUUACGUUUGGCAACAUUCUGUUUUUGGCUCUUCACCUCGUCAAAGCGUAUAGUCCCCACGAUAGUCCCCCAUUAGGCAUAGCUUCAUAGUACCGACUUACAGAGCAUACCCAACGGUAUGGAUCCGAUUCCCUGACGACAACCAUUGCUUGUAAAUUCCUACCCUGUCCUUUGGAACAACCUGCAUGAACUUCGGUUCAAUAGCACUUGAGUCAUACUUUGGGUUGGGCCAGACUGAGUGCAGCGUUGGAAGCAGACUGUCUCUCCGGACCAACCGUAGACAGCACGC